AUGGCUGACGCAGAGAAGAUCUCGUCCCCUGAGGUUUCAGUCCCUGAACGCAAGUCCUUGGGCCGUCGCAAGGAGAGCGUUGCAGCCAUCAACGCGAACGUCACCGGAGAAAUCAAGAACCCUCUCAUCGGUAUUCCCAAAGAGCAACUCAUUCAAGAUGUUGAAGAGUUCGCGACAGAGAACAACCUCACCGAGAUCACGCCUUGGUUGAUCAAAGGAGCCCUGGUUGCGCAAAGCCCACAUCAUGUUGAUAACAUUCACGAAUUGGACGCGGAGGACGUCAGAGUCUUGCACGAAGAGACCACCCACAGAUGGAAGCAUCCUCGAAUCCUCUACGUGACAAUCAUCCUCAAUUCAAUCGCUGCAGCCAUUCAAGGCUGGGAUCAAACUGGGUCCAAUGGAGCCAAUCUCACCUUUGCAAUUGCCAUGAACAUCUCUGACGACCCAACAUACUGUUCAACUCCAUCAAUCUGCAACACAAACUCCUGGAUCGUUGGAUUCGUCAAUUCAGCACCCUACAUUACCAUCUGCCUCUUCGCCGCCUGGAUCUCCGACCCUCUUAAUCACUAUCUCGGUCGUCGAGGCACCAUCUUCUUGGCGGCCAUAUUCAGUCUCCUCGCCCCGAUCGGUUCCGGUUUUACACAGAAAUGGGGACAACUCGUGGCUUGCCGUGUUCUGCUUGGUCUCGGUAUGGGUCUCAAGGAGGUCACAGUCCCCGUCUACUCUGCAGAAGCUGCUCCUACAAACAUUCGUGGUGGACUCGUGAUGUCGUGGCAAGUUUGGACUGCUUUCGGCAUCUUCCUAGGAACUUGCGCCAAUCUAGUAUUCGCCAACUCUGGCCAUAUCGCAUGGCGUCUACAAUUUGCCUCUGCAUUCGUUCCAGCGGUCCCCCUCAUCCUCGGAAUCUGGUUUUGUCCUGAGUCUCCCCGUUGGCUUCUGAAGAAGAAGCGUGUUGGCAAGGCAUACGAAUCACUUCUGCGCCUUCGAAAUACCCCACUUCAAGCUGCCCGUGACCUCUACUUCAUCCACGCUCAGCUAGUCUACGAGGAUGUCCUCUUGGAAGAAAAGGGACUUUCCAAGAACAGCAACAUGGUUACUCGAUUCAUCGAACUGUUCACCAUUCCCAGACUUCGCAGAGCCACUCAAGCUUCAGGUGUUGUCAUGAUUGCUCAGCAGAUGUGCGGUAUUAACAUCAUCGCUUUCUACUCUUCCACCAUCUUCUCCGAGUCGGGUGCAAGCAACAUCGGAGCUUUACUUGCCUCUUUCGGUUUCGGUCUCGUCAAUUUCGUCUUCGCCUGGCCUGCGAUUUGGACAAUCGAUACUUUCGGACGUCGCGGUCUGCUUCUCUUCACCUUCCCGAAUAUGUGCUGGAGUCUUCUUGCUGCAGGAAUGUGCUACUUCAUCCCUCAAAGCAGCAGGGCACAUCUCGGUCUCGUCACAUUCUUCAUCUACAUCUACGAUGCCUUCUACUCCCCAGGUGAAGGUCCAGUUCCCUUCACAUAUUCAGCAGAAGUUUUCCCCCUGAGCCAUCGUGAAGUUGGGAUGUCCUGGGCCGUAGCGACAAACAACUUCUGGGCCACCGUUGUCUCCCUGACCUUCCCACGUCAACUGAAGGCUUUCGGUGUCUCGGGUGCUUUCGGAUUCUAUGCGGCGAUGAAUAUGAUUGCUUUCGGCAUGAUCUUCUUGUUCUUGUAUGAGACCAAGCAACGAACUUUGGAGGAGCUUGACUAUGUGUUUGGUAUUCCCAUCAGAACUCACUCCAAGUAUCAGCUCACCAAGGUUCUGCCAUGGUGGAUCAAGCGAUGGCUUUUGAUGCGAAAGAACACGCCACCUUGUGAAGAACUAUACAAGUUUGAGGAUGAAGUUUGGGUCGAGAGUGAUCGAGAUGAGUCGAAGGGUGUCAGUUCUGGAGUUGAAACUGGACACAAGGAAAUGGUAAUCUUCUACCUCCAACUCAUCAUGCAGCUCCAAAGUCUACUUCUGACACUGCUCGUGGCAGGCAGUGCAAGUGCUGGUUUGAAUCCGCCUGCUUGGAAAUUCCCAAUAUUUCACUAUGCGAAAACAUCUACUUGCAAGUUUGGCAACUGCGCAGCGGUCUGUCCGAAUGGCGCAGAAUAUGACUGCUGUGUCAAUUAUCUCGAGAACCCAUGCACCACUCCAUCGAAGCGUGCCACCAUUGAGGGCGACACGAUCCAAAUUUAA